CGGACAUCCAGCCAGCUCUACAAAAUACCAUGAAGCGACUCGAACUUCAACGUCCACAACAUCCGCAACCAACACCGCUGGCUGUAAGCAGAACCUCUUACCACCACUUAGUCUGACCUGCCGAACAAUGCCCUGUGCAUGACCCCGCCGUGGUGCCCUUGCAGUUCUCGCCCGCGGCUGGAUUCCAAGGUUAAGCUCAACUUCCUCGGAUCAACAUCUUGGCACCACUCAAGCAUCCUCCAGAUGGAGCUUCAUAAUCAAGACAAAGCUUGUCAGCUAUAUGCCAAGGCGGUAGACUCGGAGAAUGAAGUCCCAUGCAUUCAAUCCCAGGCUUGCCAAGCCUAGAAGGUCCGGUGUCGACGGUGGGCAUAUUUAUUUACCUCGAGCUCUUUCCCUGCUUCAAUUUCCAGACCUUUUUGCUCCUCAAACUCUGUCAAUUGAAUCCCAAGUAUCACAAGACGCAAAGAAGUGAAAGAAUCCAAAAUGUCUCCUCUCAGAAAUCUCGUCCUCCUCUUCCUAGCUGCGCAAUCCACCACAGCACAUUUCCUCCUCCACUACCCCUCCACAAUCGGCUUCGACGACGACGCAGAAGUGGAUGCCCCAUGUGGCUCUUUCACUGUUGAUUUCAGCACUGACAACGUAACCGAUUUCCACGUCGACAACGAUGUCAUUGCCGUUGAAUCCAUUCAUCCCCAAGCAACGUGGCUCUUCCGUGCCACACUCGACACCACCGCCUCUUCGAACUGGACAAGUCUCGUACCAGCCGUUUUACAGACAGCGCUGGGAGCGUACUGCGAGACCGGUAUCAAUGUUCCUUCGAGCUGGGCUGGGAGUAAGGGCGUUAUUGGCGUGGUUCAGGAUGCUCCUGAUGGAAUUCUCUACCAGUGCGCAGCAGUGAACUUCGUCACCGGCUCCUCGAACUCCACACCCUCCGUCUGCACAAACGUCACAGGUCUUACAGCGACCUACACCUCAGACGCGAAACUUUCUUCCCUGCCUGCAUCUAGCACGCCUACGGCCACUGAUUCCACCACUUCGGGUACGAGCACGGCUACGAAGAGCGCUUCUGCGGGUGUGUUGAAGCCGGUUGAGUUUGGUGCUGUUGGUGCUGCGGCUUGGGUUGUGCUUGUUGGUGGGUUGAAGAUGGCUUUGGCUCUGUUGUGAGCUCGCCAGCUCUGUGAAGGUGGUGAGGUGAAUGUCUGUGUGAAUAUGAGUUGUGCAUGAAUUGAAAAGGAGGGGAAAUAAAACAGAUAUCGGAUGUAGUUGCGAGAUAUUUACUCGUCUAAAGUAUAAACAAAAGCCAAAUAAAAGCUCUUCAAGACAUAAGAAAUAUGCAAAGGAAUAGCUUUGCCCUAGUGAUCAGAUUCUUUCUCGGAAUAUAGAGCUGAAUCUCUUCUUCAUACCGGCCGUGCCGCUAAGCCUCGUGGCCGUACAAUAAACGAACUACGUGGAUAAAGUCCUUUUGCGUUUGGGUUUGGUAAGCGA